AAUACUUUCCGACUAGCUAUUUUGGAUAGUUCUUGGAUUGUUACAAUAGCUUUGCAUCUGGAUAAUCACAACUGCUCGUUUCUAUUAUCAGUUCCAUUUAUCAAGUGCUCAUCUUAAUGCAUCGCUACAGAAACAAAUCUUUUGCCCCAGCAAGCAAGCCAUUUGUUGCAUAAUUAUCUUUCUUUUAGAAAAGCUGCACGAUGUACAUCACUAAAUCCUUUGCCAUUCAUAAAAUAAAUCACCAAACAGCCUUCGAAUUCUUCUUACCCAUCAAACAAGCAUGGCUCUCUGCAAUUCAUCUCUCCAAGCCUUGGUGCCUCUGCUUCAGUUGUUGUGCUUCAUAUUCCCCGUAGCAAGCUCUCUCUCCUUCAACUUCUCCAGCUUCAACCAGGACAACACAAACAUAGUCUACGAUGGCGACGCCUUCUUGAUCAACCAUGUCAUCCAGCUCACCAAGAACCAGCUCGACUCUCCGAUCGAGAAGAGCGAAGGCAGAAUCGCAUAUUCCGAGCCAGUGCCUAUCUGGGACAAAGAUUCUGACGAGCUCGCCGAUUUCAAUACAUGCUUCUCCUUCGUCAUCAAUGGCUUCAAUAAAACGGUAAGUGCCGAUGGGCUUGCCUUCUUCCUCUCAUCAUUCCCUUCCGAGAUCCCAGAUAACUCAUAUGGCGGGGCUCUUGGACUAUUUAACCUUGCUGGUGCUAACACGACCGCGGAUCGUGUCGUGGCCGUCGAGUUCGAUACCUUCAAAAAUCCGGAGUAUAAUGAUUCAAGUUCCAAUCACAUUGGAAUUGAUAUUAACACAAUCUUUUCCGUCGCAUGGCUCGAUUUGAAUAUUAGCAUCAGACAGAAUAUCAAGUUUAAUGCUUGUGUCAGUUACAAUGCCAAAAGUAAAAAUUUUACUGUGUUUCUCAGUAGUCCUAGAAACCACACAUGGAAUUGGAGCCUCUCUUAUGGUGUUGACUUGAGGAUGGUCCUGCCGGAAAAGGUAGCCGUUGGCUUCUCGGCUGCCACCGGUAACCAAGUCGAGUCACACUGCUUAUUGUCUUGGAAUUUCAGUUCCUCUGAUUUGAGUCAUCAGGACUAUCGUCCCAAUCCACAUCCAAGCACCAAUUCCAGGCAUAAGCCUAGUUUUAAACCCUUUGGGCUUGCCAUGGGCAUUGGGAUGCUGUUCUGUGGGUUGAUUUUGGUUUGGCUUGGAAGAUGUUUAUAUAAGAUGGCUAGUACAGGGAAGAAGGAAGAGAUGGCCAUUGAUUCAUUAAUCCAUGAUACGCUUGAGAUAGGGAGUGGGCCUAGGAGAUACUCCUUCGGUGCACUUGCGAGUGCAACCAAAAGUUUUUCCAAGGAGGGGAAGCUUGGGGAAGGAGGAUUUGGGGAGGUGUACAAGGGAGUACUGCAUGACUCCAAACUAGAAGUGGCCAUCAAAAGAAUCUCCAGAGGUUCAAACCAAGGAGCAAAAGAGUACAUAUCUGAAGUCACAAUCAUAAGCCGGUUACGCCAUCGCAAUCUUGUGCAGCUGAUCGGCUUUUGCCAUGAAAGGGGUGAACUGCUGCUCGUCUACGAGUACAUGCCAAACAAAAGCCUUGAGUACCAUCUCUACAGCGAGGAAAGAUUGCUUGCAUGGCCAGAGAGGUACAAAAUUGCUCUGGGAUUGGCCUCAGCUUUGCUCUACCUUCAUGAAGAGUGGGAGCUGUGUGUAGUUCAUAGAGAUGUGAAGCCUAGCAAUGUGAUGCUGGAUUCAGAGUUCAAUGCGAAGCUCGGUGACUUCGGCUUGGCAAGGUUGAUGAACCAUGAUAGCAAUCUAGAAACAACGAUCUUGGCAGGGACCAUGGGAUACAUUGCACCUGAAUAUGCCACCACAGGAAAAGCUAGCAAAGAGUCUGACGUCUAUAGCUUUGGAGUAGUAAUAUUAGAAAUUGCAUGUGGUAGGAAGCCAAUUGAAGCAAAGGAGAAGCAAAGCGAAGUGAAAUUGGUAGGCUGGGUUUGGGAGCUUUAUGGGAAUAAUAUGUGUUUGAGUGCAGUGGACCAAAGGUUAAACAUGGAAUAUGAUCCACAACAAAUGGAGCAAUUGAUGAUUCUGGGGCUGUGGUGUGCUCAUCCAGAUUACACUCGACGACCAUCUAUAAGACAAGUCAUCAAUGUUCUAAAAUUCAAUGCUCCACUGCCAGUUUUGCCACCCAAGAUGCCUAUUCCGAUGUUCUAUUCUCCUCCAGUUGAAGCACAUAAUCUUUGCAAUAGCUACUCUACUAGUUCGACUUAAUUAAGUUCGGGGAUUGAAGAUGGUAAGCCAUGUCAAAAAGUUGAGCAUUGACACCGUUUUACUCAUUAGAUCAGCAUGAAAGAUUUUAGAUAUACAAGUUUGUGCCCUCUCAUCUAUGCAAAACUUAUUUAUAUUUUUUGUAAUUGCGAAGUAAAAGGAUUCGCUUAAGCAUUGGAAUAAUUUUUUGACGAUGUGAUUUCAAUAUUUUGAUGAAAUUAUGGUUGGGUUUGUCUUCAUCCCUAUA